GGAUCAUAAAAUGAGAAAACAGCACAUAACAGAGAUUUAUAAUUUGAAAGCUAUUACAAUUACUGAUGUGUUUGUUUAUAGGGGAGAAAACUGGAGAGUUUCACAGUGAGACGGCAUAUUUCAUGGACCUGGAGACUCAGUACUCCCCUAGCAGGUGGUCUCUGCGGCUGGAUGAGGAUGCUGUGAUUGAGGCUCAUGUAAAGGCAUUGAGUGAAGGUACCCGCCAUGCCCAGGCUGCCACCCAGACACUUCUGAAUGUGCCCUAUGGGAUGGGUGAGGGAGAGAAACUUGAUGUGUAUCUUCCUAAAGAGCACUUUGAAACCUUUCCCCUGGUCCUCUAUAUUCAUGGUGGCUACUGGCAAUUCAUGAGCAAAGAUGUUUCAGGCUUUGCUGCAUGGCCCCUAACGACCCGUGGCAUUGCCUUGGCUGCUGUUGGCUACGAUGUGGCUCCCAAAGGCCAGCUGGAGGUGAUGGUCAGACAGGUGCGACAUAGCGUGGCCUUUGCAGUUCAGCAGUACACAGGGAUCAGUGGUAUUUAUCUACUUGGACACUCAGCAGGGGCCCACCUGGCAGCCAUGGUGCUCUCUACAGAUUGGACAGAAUUUGGCAUUGUGCCAAACAUCAAAGGAGCCUUUUUGGUGAGUGGCAUCUAUGACUUGGAACCCAUCACACACAUCUAUGUCAAUGAUGUAUUGCGCAUGACCCGGGAGGUGGCCUUACAGAAUAGCCCUUUGCAGUGUGUGCCGAAGUUGGAGGGCAAGAGAACUUGCCAAGUACUUGUCGCUGUGGCACAACAUGAUUCACCUGAGUUCCACAGACAGUCCCAGGAAUAUUUUGAGGCUCUACGUGCAGCUGGCUGGAGUGCCUCUUUGCUGGACAUUGGAGACACAGAUCACUUUGAUGUAAUUGAGAAGCUCUCCCAGGAGGACUAUCUCCUCACACAGGUGAUUUUGCAAAUGAUUUCAAGAGGUUGAUAUGUUGGAAAGGGAUGAAGCCCUGCGCCUGAAGUCCCCAUCUACAGCCAUGAGCAUGGCCAGCGCUGAUCAUGCAUGCCCCCUCUUGCACUGUCCCUCUGCUGUGCUCUUUUAUUUCACUCUGGGAUUGGACUUCCUGCCACUCCCCUUUGCAACUGCAGUUUUAUCCAGUGAAGAGCUAUGUUUAGAAGAGGCAAGCCUGUCCAAGUGGAACUCUGAAACAUAUUCUUGCUGAUUGCUUUGGAGGGAAUUGCUUCUUGAUGAGAACCCAGUUCCUUUCCCAUGAACUGUCUGACAUAGAGAAAGAGCCUGUCCGCUCUUGCAAUAAACUGCUUCCCUCACAACUUGCUGAGGACAUUAAAAUAACAUCAGUGCAUACAUUACAUCUGCAUUAUGGUUGUAAAUCACCUUUCUCUAGGAGGUGGUUUAGAAAUGAACCUGUGAACACAGGCAAGACAAUUGCUGCAUAAAUCACCACUUUUUCUUUAUUCCACUUAAGUGUCUGAGCUGAAGGUGGGCUUCCUUCGCUAAGAGCAGUAGUUAAACAUAUAUUCAGUGUUCUGAGUACAUAUGAGCUGCCUUAUACAGUUAGGCUACUAGUCUAUGUAGGCUAGUAGUGCUCUAUGUAUGUGCUAUGGAGGCACACCUCUGUGCCACCGUAGCUUCUUGAAUGAGGGACCUUGAACAUGGGAAACUGCAAAUUUAGAGCAGAACCAGACUAGAGCAGGUAAGAUUAGAUAUGUAAAUGGGACAAGACCAUGACCUCAACUAAAUCUCCUUUAUAUUGAUAAAUGUAUGGCAACCAAGGGGUUCUAUAACACAUGUCACUGGCCCUAGGCAGGGCCCCCAGACUCUGAGCUUUCAUUUUUUUAAAAGGUUAGCUCUCCUAGAAAGUUAUGAAGCAAAAUGUGCAGGUACCCUUCUAAGCAAUUUCUGUGAAAUGAACUAGCCUGGUUGCUUCUGUCUGUCAGUGUUUUUCAUCAAAGAGUGAAGUCAGAGCUGUGAUUAAUAAGUGAAUUGUUUGGACACUAGGCAAUAGGAAUCCCUGUGGUCCUAAAGAGCUGCUGUUUUACCCUCCUUUAGUGUACUUUUCUUGCUUCUGUCUUAUUUUCUAGCAGUCCUUUGAAUCUCUGUAUCUUGCCCUUUUUACCUAGCAACUAGGAUGCAUCUUUCCUGUGGUGGAAUUGUCUGAGACCAAGUACUCCCUAGAAGUUAUUUUCUGCAAAUAUUACUGCACAAUAAAUGUGGGUGGAUGUUAAUCCUCAAACCCCAGAUGGCAAAUACAACAUGUGAAAACUGCAAAAAGGCUUAGGCGUGGCUCCUACUGUGCAGGAGAUGUCCAGGCACUCAUGAAUUCACUGAAUAGUUAACUAACAGCACAGUGGUGUACAUGUCCCCUUCAGAAAUAUGUAUUUGUGUUGAAUGGGGCUUACUUCCACGUAAGUGUAUACUAAAUGGCAUUCUAGGCUUUGGUUUAGGAUUGGCAAAGGAGAAAAUAGGAUUCUUGUGCUUUUGACAGGUGUAUCUCCACAAUCAGGACAUAGCUAACUUCCCAUGGCAAGCAUGGGGUUGGUGGGGGGUGGGAGACAGAAGCAGCAAUGACACUACCCACUGAUUUUUUGCAAUGCCUCCCAUGGCAGCCAUUUUGUGACUGGCCCCCCCCAUAACUCCCAAAAUUUGAAAUGUGCACCGUGGUCCUUGUCCUAAGUCUGGGAAUCAUAGCAACAAUUGCUACAGUAACAAUGCUGGAACAGUCAGUUAUUAUGCUCUUCCUUUGUAGUGGGCCAAGGUCUGAGUACAUCUCAUGCCUUUGAAUAAGUCGGGUCAGUUGUCAGGGUUGUUAUGCCAGGAAUUGGGGAAUGUUAUGGUCACAUGUAUAUUUUAUUAUUUCCUUUGCUCCUUUUUUAUUCAGGUGUUGAGGGCUACACAGAAACAUAGCAUGAUAACUAAAUUAAAAUGACUUUAUUUCUGCCAGAGCAUGGUACUGGAUUCCAGGCACUAAACCAAGUCUGAGCUAAUUAAGUAUUUAUUCCAGAUUCUUAGGGUUGUAUCCAAUGGUGGCUUUGCAUUAACAAAAGUGCAUAUACAAGGCAAGGCACCCUGUUUUCACCAGUCCUCCUUACUAAUUGCAGCUGUCUAUGCCUUAUCCCAUACUAUUCCAGAGGAGCCACGGGGCUGCACUGGAUAGGACAGACUGGCAAAUAUACGUUGCCCUUCUUGUAAAAGCAUUUCCCAUAGUGCAAAGGCACCAUUGGAUACAACUCUUAGCUUUUUUUUUUUUAACAUAUACCUAUAUUGGUUAUUCUUCAGAUUGCCCCUAUUUAGCAAUGCAUAAUAGUAGAGCUGGCUGUUUUAUUUAACUGAAAGUGGGCAGGCUUUUUCCACUCACCGUGUAGGGUUCACAUACGUCAAUAUGCCUUAUUUCAAAACACUUCUGCAAACAAAGUUUUGUGUGAGAAGAUAGAUGCAAGUUAAGGCUGAUUUUCACAAUUCUGAUACAUUUCUGAAGCUCCAGUCCUAUACACACUUGCCUAGCAAUAAGUCUCAUUAAACUUAAUGGGGCAUUCUUAUGAGUGCAUGUGCAUAGGUUUGCACUGUUAGGCUGCACAAUUCUAUGCAUACUUAUUUGAGAGCGCUUCACAUCACUUUAUUAAAAACCCUAGUUGUCUGGAAUGCCUUAAAAUGUACAUACCUGUUUUAAAAGGCUGAUCUUUAUUCCAAUACAUUAAAAUAUGCAAUUAGGCAUGUAUUUAAAAUAUUUAUAUCCACCAGCCAGUGUGGUGUAGUGGUUAAGGUGAUGGACUAUGACCUAGGACACCAGGGUUCGAAUCCCCACACAGCCAUGAAGCUCCCUGGGUGACCUUGGGCCAGUCACUGCCCCUCAGCCUCAGAGUGAGGCAAUGGUAAACCACCUCUGAAUACUGCUUACCAUGAAAACCCUACUCAUAGGGUUGUCGUAAGUCGGGAUCGACUUGAAGGCAGUCCAUUUUCCAUUUUUUUUCUUAUAACAGUUAAAGGUGGUUCAUAAGGAAAAAUUAUAAAAUAAAAAAAACACAAUUACCAAACAGAGCAGCGAACCAAGAACUAAUAACAGUUAAGAGAUCAGCUAAGCCCAGUGUCAGUACCCAAAUAUUUAUUUAUUUAAAAUACUUCUAUCCCGCCCUUCUACCCUAUAAUAGGGCACUCAGGGCGGCUUACAAAAAUAAAAUCAAAUACGUACAUAAUAAAAUUGUAAACAGUAAAAUCACAAAAACAUUACAAUAAUUUAAAAUACAUAAAAUACAAUUAAAAUACAUAAAAUACAAUAUAUAUAUAUAUACACACACACACAUGCACAUAUAUACAUAUGUAAUCCAUGGGGCUUUUAUGUAAUCAAUGCAAUACCUAUGUAUGUACUUCUGUUAUGCAUAAGUGCCUCUAAGCAGUUAGGAUUUGCAAGUAAAUGCUUAAUAGGUUGUUGUGCUCAUGAAGAAAGCACCUGCAAGGGGCUACGCUCAUUAGAGAUUGGGUCAAGUAACGGUCAUUAGGAAGACACAACCUACACUUAGCUGUGUUAUCUAGGAGGUUGAUGGGGAGUUAAGAAGACCGUUUGAUGCAUCUUCAAGGACAGUAGCAUUAGCCCUGGUCCAGCUAGCUGUAAUGAGCAGGAUGCGCCAAGGAUGGGCUGCACAUGCUGAUUAACAGUAGGGCACGUGCCGGGGAGAGAGUGGCAUAGAGAGGUCAAGAUGGCCUGUUUACAUCAGAACAGUGUACCUGCACGUAGGCAGGGCAAUCCAUCAAUUGCCCGGACACCUAGCACAGUGCCUUCACACAGAUCAAGAAUAAUCCAUCAGAUGCCUUGACACUCCACAUCAAGGGGUUCUGAUACUACAAAGAGAGUAAGAUGAUAGCAUGAACUCCAGUAAUCAUAGAUAGCUUUGAUGCCUAGUGGUGAUAUAGUCUGAUUAAUGAUGUACCCUGUCAAGAUGCAAUGAUUUGAUGUAAGAUAGUGGCUAAUGAUGUAUUCCGUCACCGCUUUGCCUUGCCAAGAUUUUCUCUAUAAAAGGUGCCUGUGCCGUGAGCUCAGGGUUCAGACCUCAACGCCUCUCUGUGAGGGACCUUGAGUCUGUUCCACUGGGUAGGCAUGCCUGAUAUGUACCCAAUAAAGCUUUCUCCUUUGUGAGUAAA